AUGUGGGAGCUCCCAAUCCAAAGACCAACCCUCCCAACCCCCAAACAAGCCGCCUACGCCCAACCCUCAAAUCCCGUAACACACACGCCACAAGAACAACGAGCAACCACCGAACCGGUCCGACACCACGGCGACCCAAUCGGGAUAAUUAAGCGCACAGCGGCGUCAAAACCAUCCAGCGAUGAAGAACGCGCGCGUCUGAGCGCACAACAUCAACAACACGAAGAAAAACUACACAAUGCACCCGACGUCGAUCUGGAAUACGGCGUAGAACUGCAGCCUGCUGAGGGGUAUAUUGCGGAUACGGUUCAGCAGAAGGGGAUGGGUUUGCAGCGUGCGCAGGCUGGUGCGCAUGCUGGUCCGGUUGGGAGUGCGGGUGGGCCUGGUCAUCCUGGUUUUGGGGAAGCGGAUGAUCUGGCGGCGGAUUUGGGGGCGAAGAGGGUUGAGCAUCAUCGAAUUCUUGGUGAUAGGGUUGGGAGGAGUCCGCCGGAGGUGGAGGGAGAGGUUGCUGAAAGGGAGGCUGUUAGACGACGUAAGUUGGAACUGGAUGAGAAGUUGGAUGUGGAGGAGGCGGUUAAACAGGCCACCGGUGAUCCGGUGGUAGGUAAAUAG